UUCAGAAUCGUUCUUUGUGAAGUUGCGUCACCCACAUGUCCUGUUAAAUGUGAUUAAAAGCCUGAAAAUAAAGUAAUAUAGUAUUUUAAUACGUGAUAAAAAUGUUGAACGCGACGCGGGCAUUCGGCCGAAAGGCUUUAGAGUGCACCGGAUUAAGUUCAGACUUGUAUACGCAGAGAAAUUUUUCGUCAAUUUUGAAAAGCAACGCAACACCCACAGUUCCUAUUUACCAGCGACAUGGCGUACAAUUUAGAAACAAGUCUGAGGGUGUUCGUGGAGCCGUCAUUGGAAUCGAUCUGGGCACGACAAACUCGUGCGUUGCCGUCAUGGAGGGCAAGACACCCAAGGUGGUGGAAAACAGUGAAGGCUCUCGGACGACUCCCUCCCAUGUGGCCUUCUCGAAAGAGGGCGAGCGUCUGGUCGGAAUGCCCGCCAAACGGCAAGCGGUCACGAAUAGCGGUAACACGUUUUACGCGACGAAGAGAUUGAUCGGACGUCGAUUCGACGAUCCCGAAGUGCAAAAGGACAUGAAGAAUUUGUCAUACAAAGUAGUCAGGGCUUCGAAUGGCGACGCCUGGGUGCAAGGUACUGAUGGCAAAGUAUACUCUCCGAGCCAGAUUGGUGCAUUUGUGUUGAUAAAGAUGAAGGAAACUGCUGAAGCAUACUUGAACACAAGUGUGAAAAAUGCAGUCAUAACAGUGCCAGCUUACUUCAAUGAUUCCCAGCGUCAGGCCACAAAAGAUGCAGGUCAAAUCUCUGGUUUAAAUGUGCUACGAGUUAUCAAUGAGCCGACUGCUGCUGCCCUCGCUUACGGUAUGGACAAGACCGACGACAAAAUAAUAGCGGUGUAUGACCUCGGAGGUGGAACCUUCGAUAUCUCGGUGCUGGAGAUCCAGAAGGGAGUGUUCGAAGUGAAGUCUACCAAUGGAGACACUCUGCUGGGAGGUGAAGACUUUGACAAUGUUAUUGUGAAUUUCCUAGUGGAUGAGUUUAAACGUGAUCAAGGCAUUGACAUCCGUAAAGACGCUAUGGCUAUGCAAAGGCUGAAGGAAGCUGCUGAAAAAGCCAAAAUUGAAUUAUCAGGGUCGGUGCAGACUGACAUCAACUUGCCUUACCUGACUAUGGAUGCAUCGGGACCCAAACACAUGAACUUGAAGAUGACACGCUCGAAACUAGAAUCUCUAGUUGGGGAUCUGAUCAGGCGGACGGUGGCGCCGUGCCAGAAGGCCCUUCAGGAUGCCGAAGUGCAGCGAUCGGACAUCGGUGAAGUUCUGCUCGUUGGUGGAAUGACGAGAAUGCCUAAGGUCCAACAAACAGUACAGGAAAUAUUCGGCAGGGCUCCGUCUCGAGCCGUGAACCCCGACGAGGCCGUGGCGGUGGGAGCCGCCGUCCAGGGCGGAGUCCUAGCGGGUGACGUCACUGACAUCCUUCUCCUCGACGUGACUCCGCUGUCACUGGGCAUCGAAACCCUCGGAGGCGUCUUCACCAAGCUGAUCACAAGGAACACCACCAUACCCACUAAGAAGAGCCAAGUGUUCUCUACCGCGGCCGACGGGCAGACGCAAGUGGAGAUCAAGGUCCACCAGGGCGAGCGCGAGAUGGCCUCGGACAACAAGCUGCUGGGGCAGUUCUCGCUGGUGGGCAUCCCGCCCGCGCCGCGCGGCGUGCCGCAGAUAGAGGUCGCCUUCGACAUCGACGCCAACGGCAUCGUGCACGUGUCCGCGCGGGACAAGGGCACCGGCAAGGAGCAGCAGAUCGUGAUCCAGUCGUCGGGAGGGCUGUCGAAGGACGAGAUCGAGAACAUGGUGAAGGCCGCCGAGCAGUUCGCCGCCGCCGACAAGACGCGGCGCGAGCGGGUGGAGGUGGCCAACCAGGCCGAGGCCGUGCUGCACGACACCGACACCAAGAUGGACGAGUACAAGGCGCAGCUGCCGCAGGACGAGUGUGACAAACUACGUGAGGAGAUGAACAAACUCCGUGAGCUGCUCGCUAAAAAGGACACCAUUGAGCCGGAAGAACUUAGAACAGCCACCGGACAGCUGCAGCAGGCCAGCCUUAAACUGUUUGAACAGGCUUACAAGAAGAUGGCAGCUGAACGCGAAGGAAGCCAACAACAGCAACAGCAGCAGACGGAUCAGACGCAGAGCCAAGAGAAGAAGGAGGAGAAGAAUUAGAUGGAUUUCUCUACGGGAUUGAGUGAAAACCAAAUGUUUAGUCUAGGCUUCAUGAUCUACUUGUUGGUUUGAAUGGGUAUCGAAGCGGGACGCGCCUGCAGCAUUGUUUUUUAAUUAUCAAAAGAAAAUGGAGAGUAAAUACUUUAUGCAGACAUUGAACUUGACCGUUAAAAUACAUAGAGGGGUGAAAGGCUAUCAUAGCUUAAACUUUGAAAAAAAUAUCACAACAAAAAACUUCCAACUGUUUGAACGGUGUAAACUUAAUUGAAGUUCAAUUAAAAACAUUGAAUUGUUGAUAUUGAGGCGUUAGCCAUCAUACAAGAUAUUCGACGGAUGCUUGAAUCUCGCUUAAGACAUUUUCAAGAUAAGUUUGAGUAUAUACAAGCUACGAACCACAACAUGCGGACGGACCGUCGGUCUACCGAGCAAUAACACCCGAUGCUAAUACCAAAUAAAACGGACCUUUAAUUACAAAGAUAAUUGUCGCUUAAACCAAAUAGCCUUUCACCCCUCAUUACGUUCCAUUCAUAUGUAAAUAUAAUAAUAUAAAAAAGUCAUAACAGUACUGUGUGUCGUUGUGUAUUGUAUGUGACUGCUUGUCCGUGUCGCUUGGAUCUACGGAAACAGCAGUUUUACAACUAGGAAUAUGACUAUACAAUAUUAUUAAUUAUAGUUUUGUCUCCAUCGUGUCUUUGGUCUUUAGUGAGAAUGUGAAUAUUUGUUAAAUAAAUCUUAUCUAAUUAUAAACCAUACGAAAUCACAAGCGGUACGAAGUGAAUAGGAAAUCUCGAAAGAAUUCAAAAAAUUCUAGUAACAAUGUUGUUGAUGUUAACAAAAUGAUAAUUUAUUAUUGUUCAGUGUCAAAUUUGCUUAGACAUUAGUUGGACUAAAAUUGGGUUUUAGGAUUUCAUAAAAAAACAUCUGCACUAUAAACGAAUUAUUUUGUCACAGUUUAAUUAAUAAUUCCAUCAUCAUACGUUUACCUGCAUGACCUGUUCAUUUAUUUUUGAUAAUUAAAAAACAAAAUGACAGAUUCGAUUAUUUGUUAGUGAUUCGGUCGUUGCAAGACGUUCUGUAUAAAUUAUAGCUUUAACUUCACAAAUACAUAGAUGUAGUUGCCGUAGUUAUGAACGAUUUCUGUUUCAAUAUCUCUGAAGCAUUUGGAGUCUGAUGAGAAAAUGCGGAAAAAAAUUCGAGUUACGUGAAAACAACAAUAACUACACGUAUGUUAUGUAUUAAAAAAAUUGUAGGGUACAUCGACAUCAACGGCGCAUCUUGUAAUGUGGCAUUUAUUUUUUUCAUUACCAUUCAAUACAUGGAUGUGUCUGUACCGCUGUCGGUUCGAAUUAGAAACCUUUGAAAUUUCAAUUCUCGUCCAUGAGGCAUUUGAGGUUCUCGUGUCUCAAUAUGUCGAACCCCUGCGCGUUGUAAAACACUAAAAAUGUACGCUCACGAUCGUUGUAAACAUGUUAUGUUACAAUU